CUGCGCAUUGAUCUCAUUACGAGAAAUCGUCUAAUAAUCCGAAAAGAUGUGCGACUGUCCGGAGAACGAGAAGACCGGUGACAAGGAUGACCCGAAGACUGUGACGCUUUUCCGAAAAUGUCCAAAGCUUUAUCGUCCCGGGCAAGACAUAGCCGAACCGGCGCCCUGCGACAAGAUUUCGGAUAAGGACGUGUGGGAGCCCGUCGAUUCUUCGCAGUCCGACCUUGGAAUCACGGUCUGCUGUUCGCCAAAGGGAUCCAGCGUGGACAGUUACGGGAGUUCCGAGAAAAUUUACAAGUUCGUGAGUCCUCGCGAGUGCGAGUGUCUCGGAGAGGCCGAGGAAGUCCACUGGAAGCCACCGGUGUUUAGGUUCGAGCCGUGCGUCGAGGAGGAGGAGAUCGAAGACAGACCGGACAUAGAGUGCACGUUGAUGAUCAUAAAGCCGGAGGCGAUGAUUUACAGGAAGCAGAUCGAGCGACGCGUGUUCGAAGAAGGUUUCGAGAUCUAUCAGACCCGAUGGCUACAACUGACACCGGAACAGGUCUCCGAGUUCUACUCAGAUAAGUACGGGCAGAUGAACUUCGCGCAUCUCGUCGCCUACAUGGCCUCCGGUCCCGUGAUCGUUCACGUUCUGGCGAAGCGGCACGCGAUACAGGAAUGGAGAUUAGUCAUGGGACCGACGAAAGUCGCGGAAGCCCGGUUGUAUUAUCCCGACAGCAUAAGAGCGAAGUACGGGAGGAGAGGCGAGGAUUUUAAGAACGCCGUUCACGGGAGCAAUUCGCGGGAAGAGGCUGAGAGAGAGAUUCAUUUCUUCUUUCCUGAACUCGUGAUCGAGCCGUUGUUGAAGAACGAAGCUGCGUCUGAUUUUCUGUGGGAGGUGAUCAAUCCCGUCCUCGUGGAAGCAUUGUCGAUGUGUUGCAAAAUGAAGCCCGCGGAUCCUGUCCUGUGGCUGGCCAACUGGCUGAUAAUGAACAACCCUAAUAAACCGAAAUUGCCUCACGAGCUAGCAAUGAUUCCCACGUAAACAUCGUUUCCCUCUCUUUCUUUUACACUUUUUCGUACAAUUUCUUAAAUAAACCGAAUACUGUU